GUGACGUCAGGCGGCGUUUCCGUGGCAACGGCUUCUCCCGUACCAAGAUGGCCACGGAGGCGAGAGGAGACGCGAAGGCGGCGCAGCGGUGGGAAAUCCUGCGGCAGGCGUUGCGCUCUGGCUGCGUGGAGCCGGUGGCUGGCUCCUCCGCCUCCGUGCGUCGCUUCGCUUCGUUUGGGCUCUUCACGGUGGAGCGGCACGGGGAGGACGAGGAGGCCCCCGGUGGAGCCGAGUGGCUCCGCUUCUCCUGCUCACAGAUGCUGCCGCGCCAUGCGCUCAUCCGACAGUCGGUGGGCGCCGUCAAUCUCAAAGACGUCCUCAGCAGCUUCGACAACACGGGCAACGUGUGUGUGUGGCCUGCAGAAGAGGUCAUGGCAUUCUACUGCAUUAAACACAGGCACACGUUCAGAGGGCUCUCGGUCUGCGAGCUGGGAGGAGGGAUGACGUGCCUGGCCGGGCUCAUGGUUGCCAUCACAUCGGAGGCUAAGGAGGUUUUAUUAACGGAUGGAAAUGACAAGGCCGUCAAAAAUGUAAGCACGAUUUUGGAAAGAAAUACAUCCUCUGGCUUAAUUACUGCCGCAGAUGUCACAAGCCGAGUACUACGGUGGGAUAACGAGGAGGACAUUUUUCCACUUGAAGGAAAAUUUGACAUCUUGCUUUGUGCAGACUGCCUGUUUGUGGAUGAGCACCGGGCCUCCCUCGUGGACACGCUGCACAGGCUGCUGCGACCAGGGGGGACCGUGCUGGUGUUUGCUCCGCAAAGAGGAAACACGCUGGACAAGUUCUGCGUCCUCGCCGAGCGCUCGGGGUUUAAAAUUGAGAAAACCGAAGCGUACGACCAGCAGGUUUGGGCGAUCCAUUCUGCGGUGAAGACGGAGGGAAAGAACGCAUAUGACGAGAACCUGCACUACCCGAUCUUGCUAACGCUGACGCGCUGCCUUUAGGCUGUCGCUGGAUUAUUGCUCUGGCCUAACAAAGCGUUGCCUUAAUUGACGACCCAGAAGCCUUUGUUUUUGUAUUCUGCGAGGGUACUACUGGUGGCAGGUAUUCUGGGUAGCCCUCCAGAACCAGUGGUGAGAUGUAAACUACCUCGCCUGGUUUACAGGAGGUCGUAGGUUCAAUCCCGAGCCUGACGCCUGUAUAUUUGGAGUUUGCAUGUUCUCCCCGUGGUCGCGUGGAUUUUUCUGAGUC